CAUUAUACACGUCUCUAUCUGCCUUUAUUAGGUUUAAUCUGUUGACUCGUUCUUUCCUAAGAAAAAUCAAACAUGGAGCACGAUCUACAGAGGGAUUACUCUGUUCUCACUAAAGAUGAUCUCAAGGAGAAGAUGAACAAACAAAUCGAUGAUCUCUCUGAGAUCUUCCUGCUCUCGAAAGCUGAUGCAACCGUACUCCUCACGAAACUCCAGUGGGACUCGCAGCACGUCUCAGAGCGUCUGAGCGAAAACAAGGAGAAAUUUUUGAUGGGAUUAGGGUUUUCGCCAGCUGUGACCGAGUCAAACUAUGGUGAUGCCUUCUUCUCCGUGCAGAAAAACCUAGCUAGGUUAACGUUGGAGGCAAAAGACAUGUACGAGGAGUACGUUCUCAGGUCUUACCUAGAAGAAAACAAGUGUUCGGUGAUCAAACAGUGUCCUUCUCCGGGUUGCAGUUACUUCAUCGAGUUUCACCGAGACACUGACGUUGAAGAGUAUGGUCUAAACGUCGUGUGUCUCUGUGGUCAUACCUUCUGUGGGAGAUGCAGCCUUGAGUCACACAGGCCUGUGACCUGCAACAUCGCUUCUGAUUGGUUGAGAGACUUAGAGAAGUUAUCAGAGCUGUCACGAAAGUCACUGACGCUUUCUUGGAUCGAAAGCAACACCAAGCGUUGCCCUCAUUGCCAAACUUCUAUAGAGAUUAGUACUCAUUCACGAGCUUUUCGGUUUGUGGGUUGUCUCUACUGCAGUGGUCGUUUCUGUUGGGAGUGUAUGCAGCCAGCGGAGUCCCAUAGAACGCAAGGAGCCUAUGCAGACUGUGUUGUACCCUAUCUACCACCACUCGUUAACGGACCAGCAGCGCUUGUUACGUGUGUGGAACGAUGGGAGGCGAGUGAGAUUGCACUGGUGGAAGCCAAGUCGGAGCUAGAAUCUUUAGAUGAAUCCCAAUUCAGUAGCCAAGAGUACAUUAGGAUCAUUAGAGAAGGCUUGAUGCUGAUUGUUCAGUGCAGACAGUUCCUUAAAUGGAGCUGUGCGUACGACCACAUCCACAACGAGUACCAGGCUUCCAAGAGGGAGUACUUGCGUUUCCUGCAAGACUGUGCGAACACGCUCGUGCAGAGCUACUCGGAGACUUUGAAGGAGGAGGCAGUGAAAGCCUUCUCUGCGACUACUUAUGAAGAAACCGUUAUCUCCAGGGGUAAAGUUUGCAACGCGACGAGCAACAUUGGUAACUACUUCUUUCACUUCACCAAGACGUUGCAAGGUGGUAUAGAUGACGUGAAGGUGAAGUCUUAUGACAACUUCGGUGGUCCUUACUGGCUGUGUGAUCGCUGCACCUGUGGGAACACUUGGCUUGAUAUGACGUGUAAGAUGUGCUGUGCUAAAGCCACUCCUGUUGAGAAGAAGCUGAGAGAUUUAUCUCUUGACUAAGUUUUCUUUAAGAGGAAAACAAAUGAUUUGGCUUUGAAGUUUUUUUUUUUUUUUUUAUUUAUUCCAUGUUACUUUGUUUUGAAACUUAACAGCACCUUGACGUUAAUAAAAAGUGGUUUUGCAUCA